AUGGAGAAGAAUAACGAUUUACCUGUGAAUGAGGAUUAUGGUGCGAUUGCAUCGCAGGAUGAGAAACGGCGGUCAUCCAUGGCAGAGAACCCGAGCCGCGCAGUCAGGACCGUGGUCUUCAUCAUCAUCCUUUGCUUGGGUCUGGCCCGUGUGACCGGAGUCUUCGAGCCAAAAGACCAUGUACCACUCAGUAUCGCGGAGCGCGCGAAAGUGAUUCUGAACGGGCAUAAUGAUUUGAUGAUCUUCAUGCGAGGCAAAUACCAGAACCACAUCUAUGAUAACGAGUUCCAAGAGAAAUUUGAGAAUGGUGGACUACCACAGCACGUGGACAUUCCCCGCCUCGAGAAAGGCAUGCAAGGCGGGGCUUUUUGGUCUGCUUUCUGGCCGUGUCCGUCUGGCAACGAGACGGAUUUCUCAACUGAAAAGUAUGCUCCGAUCGUCGAAGCUACGCUUGGCCAGCUGGACUUGUUCCACCGCCUGGGCCAGCAAUAUCCAAAGUACUUCACCCCCUCCAGGACCAGUGCCCAAGCCCUCAAAGCUUUCGCCAACGGACUUCUAAUCUCACCCACCGCUAUCGAAGGCCUGCACCAAAUCGGCAACUCAAUCUCGACACUGCGCCUCUACCACCAGCUAGGCGUCAGAUACGCAACAUUGACAUGGAAUUGCCACAACAAGUACGCCGACGCAGCUCUCCAAACCGAUUCCGACUACGUGACCAGAGUCGCAAAACCAUACUGGCACGGCCUCAGCCCCGACGGGCGCGCUCUCCUCAAAGAAAUGAACCGCCUGGGCAUGCUCGUCGAUCUCUCCCACGUCAGCCAGGACACUAUGAGAGACGCCCUCGUCGGCAAAGGCGACGGGAUCUGGAACGGCAGUCUCGCUCCCCCAAUCUUCAGCCACAGCUCUGCAUACGCUGUAUGCCCGCACCCGCGCAAUGUUCCAGACGACAUCCUGCAGCUGGUGAAGAAGCGCAACUCGGUGGUCAUGGUGAACUUCGCGCCGGAGUUUGUGUCGUGCAAGCCUGGAAAGAUACCCGAUGAUCUGCCCGAGGUCGUUCCUGAGAACGCGACGCUGAAGCAGGUGGUCAAGCAUAUUAUGCACAUUGGCGAGCUGAUUGGGUAUGAUCACGUGGGUAUUGGGACGGACUACGAUGGCAUUGACAAGACCCCGUCCGGACUUGAAGACGUAUCCAAAUUCCCAGACUUGAUUGCCGAGUUGUUGAGGCAAGGAGUCAGCGACGAGGACGCGGCAAAGGUUGCUGGGCGCAAUGUGCUCAGGGUCUGGGCGGAGGCCGACAAGGUAGCGGAGGAGUUGCAGAAGACGAUGAAGCCGUUGGAAGACGACGUUCAAAGUAAGUGGUAAUCCGAUCAUCGGGGGCAGUUCGUCUUUGUCACAAGGAAAGGACCGUGUCUCUUGAGUUACAGAAAAAAUAUCAGAUAACUCAGUCUCGUAUUCUCAUAUACCAACGAACUUUCUUUGCUGG